AUGCUGAACAACAACCGACUCAUUCUGUCAAGUAUGUGUAUCAGUCGCGAAAUUCCAGAGAGCAGUGAGACGAGUUCAAUGGCAUCGAGUUGGUACGUUGGCUCCAAAAACCUGCAAAAUAGGGUGGAACAGGUCCCAGGCUCAUACCAUCUGGUUUGGGUCUCUUCUAUUUUUCACACGGGCCUUGCCGAUAUAUUGGACCACUGGCUUGCUAUAUUGGGUACAGCUUUAUGUUACAUUGUUAUGCGCACAAUUUGUGGAGCUUACUUUUUUCGUUUGCUUAUCGUUAUUAUGUACUGGUCCGUCCUAUGCCAAAAAUCAGAACUAUCAGAAUUCUUAUCCUCAUUAUCUAUAUUCCAUCCUUGUUGCAGUUCGUGA